AACACAUACAAUACAUCGAGCAAAUGCAUCGCCUGUGCUGCAUUAAGUUCGCAUCAAGAGAGGGGUCCUCCGAGAACACGACAUAUAGGACACCGUACUGCACUGGCAGAGAGACACGCAGUGAGUGGUGCGGUUUCGAUGAGAAAACAAUGAAAAGAGAAAACGCAGUUCCCAUUGACAGAGGAUGGGCAUGGAUGAUUCUCCUUGCUAAUUUUCUGGUUGUUUUUCUGGUGAUUGGUUUCAUGUCGUCGUUCGGGAUUUUCUUUGCUGAGUUUAUGAGUGAGUUUAAUGCUCCUGCCUCCAGUAUUACUAUAGCGCUGUCUCUACAGACCGUAGUUUUCAGUUUGUCGUCCCUGCUUGUCUUGAAUAUCGGGUCACGUGUUGCAUCCAUUCGGACAUAUAUCAUCGUCAGUGGCUUCUUUGCGUGUUCAGCGUAUUUGAUAAGUGCCGUAAUCACAGACGUAUCCUAUCUAGUUCUCUCCCAUGGCUUAAUAUUUGGUAUUGCCUAUGGAUUUUCGUAUGGUCCAGCACUUGUUAUCCUUGGGAGAUACUUCGACAAGAAACGAGGAAUUGCAUCAAGCCUUGGUAAUACAGGCGUAAGCUUUGGUAGUUUGGUAUUUCCACCAAUCAUUAGGGCUCUCUUAAAUCACUACGGUCUUAGAGGAACUCUUGUCGUGGUUGGCGGGAUCCACCUACACCUCUGUGUGGCGGGAGCUUUGAUGAGACCCAUAGAGUUUUAUGAAGUACGACAGAGAAAUUCUGAGGGACACUCCAUAGAAAUGACAUCCAUUGGAUUUUGGUCAACUACCCAGGAUACUGAAAGUAGUCGAAAAAAUAGUCUAACUUCGAAGAUUAAUACAUGUUCGAUGAAAGAAAAUUGUACUGAGACUGAGCAAACUGACGUUACAGGCGACAACAAGUCAGAUGUAUCAAAAUCAAAGGAAUCCUUUCAUUGUACGGGAAAUGAGCGAGUGGGACGGAAUCUAUGCAAUAAAUUGAUAGACUUCAAAAUUUUGCGAAAUCCUCUAUUCAGGAUGUGGAUUCCAGUAUGUUUUCUAGCAAUAAUCGGAUGUGUUCAAAUAGUAAUUUUCAUACCUCCACAUGCAAAAGAUCUUCAUAUAUCAGAUAACAAUAUCACCCUCUUAGUGAUGAUAGUAGGAGCUUCGAACUUGAUUUCGAAGAUUCUAUCAGCAUUCCUUAUAUACUGUAACGUUAUGCCCAAACAUCAACUUAUAGCUGUAUCUCUGAUAAUAACAGGCGUUUCUUCCAUGUUCAUUUCAUUUUACACCGACUUCUUAACAUUGUCAAUCCUGUCUGUGAUAUUUGGCGUUUUUGGAAGCGUGUACUUUGGUCUUUUUCCUGCAGUACUGGUGGAUUUCGUUGGCUUAGAACACAUUUCGGGUGCAAUGGCAAUAAACAUGUUAAUGCAAGGAUUGGGACUAUCAAUAUCCAAUCCCAUUUUAGGAUUUUUAAGAGACACAACAGGAACAUUCCAUGCUUCUUUCUAUCUGAUGGGAACAACUCUUAUUGGGAGUGGGUCUAUUCUGUUUCUCGAACCGUUAUUCAGAAAGAAGGAAAGCCUAAGCAUUGGGACUGAAACAUUAACAUGAGAACAUUGAUAUUACGAUGAUUAUUAUAUGGCUGCAAAACUGUUAUUUUCUAGGGGACAUUGGAGUACAACAGAUCCAUUAUCACCUGCAUAUUUCUCUCAACUGAUUCGAUACGCAACAGAUUGUUCUGCAUAUGAUCAGUUUUAAAAUCGAGGCAGUAGAGAUGCAAAAUAGAGUCGGGCAAACACGGAACCCUGGAUAUACCAGAAGUGGGAUCAGGUGCCAAUGAAGAGUAAACAUUCCCUGUCGACCAGUCACACCCGUAGUGAGGCGUAUAUUUUGAUCUGGCAAACGGAGUAAUCCGCAGUCAAACUCAGUGUGCCAAGAACGGCCUCAUAAUUGGUAUGAAACACUUCAGCCAUCAUUUGACCUAAUCAUAGGUUGUAUUUGCAAACUAGAUCAUAUAACGACCAUAUAAUUUUGGAAAUACUGACUUUAAACGAGAUUGUUGAAACCAUUCUAACAUCAACGUGUUUGUCAGUAGAUUUAAAAACUGAUCAUACGCAGAACAGUCGCGUGCGUAUCGAAUCAGUUGAGAGAUAUAAACACCAUAUGCAGGUGAUAAUGGAAUAGUGUAAUAUGAAUAUGGGAAGUAGACAAUGGAGAAACUGAAAUCACCUCGUUUAUUCACAAAUCUAAAUUGUUAGUCUGUCGUUAAUAUUUAUUUUCAAUAAAAUACCCAAGUACGAAGCAGC